GCUCGUCCGUUCAGUGUGGCAGCAUGGCUGACAACGGGUGCACGGGGGACCCGGCCUCUCCGGACCCAGCCUCAGACAAACCCAAGACAGCCAAGCAACUCGAAAAGGAAGCCAAGAAGGCAGCCAAACUAGCUAAGUUUGCUGAGAAGCAGGCGAAGACGACUGAAAAAAGUACCGAAGUUAAAAAAAAAACGAAAAAGGUGGAGGAGAAAAAAGUCAUCACCUACGACAUUUUGACACCUGUGGGGGAAAAGAAGGAUGUUGCUGAAGAAUUGCCUGCCCAAUACAGCCCCCGUUAUGUGGAAGCUGCAUGGUACGACUGGUGGAAGAAGGAGGGCUUCUUCAAACCAGAGCAUGGGAGGAAUAUGAAUGAAGAAAAUCCAAGAGGAAAGUUUGUCAUGGUCAUCCCUCCUCCAAACGUGACAGGCAGUUUACACCUGGGCCAUGCACUUACCAACGCAGUGGAGGACGCUAUAUGUCGCUGGAAUCGAAUGAAAGGUCGCACAACAUUAUGGGUGCCAGGGUGUGACCAUGCUGGUAUAGCUACACAAGUGGCUGUAGAGAAGAAAUUGAGACGUGAGGAGGGAGUGUCUCGUCAUGACCUUGGACGAGAAGAGUUUGUGAAGCGGGUGUGGCAGUGGAAAAAUGAGAAGGGUGAUCGUAUCUAUCACCAGCUAGAAAAGAUGGGCUCAUCAUUGGACUGGGAUCGAACAUGUUUCACUAUGGAUCCAGGGCUUCAGGAGGCUGUGAAAGAAGCUUUUGUCAGGAUGCAUGAAGAUGGGACCAUCUACAGGUCAAAUCGUCUUGUUAACUGGUCUUGCACCUUGAAGUCUGCUAUUUCAGAUAUAGAGGUUGAGAAGAAAGAGCUUACUGGGCGGACAGAGAUUCCAGUACCAGGAUACACCAACAAAAUUGAGUUUGGUGUACUUGUGUCUUUUGCCUAUGAAGUAGAGAACUCUGAGGAACGUGUAGUUGUGGCCACUACUCGCAUUGAAACCAUGCUAGGAGAUACUGCUGUAGCUGUUCAUCCCAAAGACGAAAGAUACCGACACCUUCAUGGAAAGAACCUUGUGCAUCCAUUCACACAACGCCGGCUGCCUGUGCUACAAGAUGAUUUUGUGGAGAUGGACUUUGGUACAGGUGCUGUCAAAAUCACUCCUGCUCAUGAUCCUAACGAUUAUGAGGUUGGGAAGCGACACGACUUACCUUUCCUCAACAUAUUUACUGAUGAUGGCGACAUAGUGGAAGGCUAUGGCCAGUUUACUGGGAUGAAGAGGUUUGAAGCUCGUCAUGCUGUAUUAGAAGCUCUCAAGGAGAAGGGCCUCUAUGUGGACACCAAGGAUAAUCCCAUGGUUGUUCCUGUGUGCUCCAGGUCCAAGGAUAUUAUUGAGCCCAUGAUAAAACCUCAGUGGUAUGUUAAAUGCAGCACCAUGGCUCAGAAGGCAAUAGAAGCUGUGAAGUCAGGAAAACUGGAAAUCAUUCCCAAAAUGCAUGAGAAAACAUGGUAUCAUUGGAUGGAAGAAAUCAGAGACUGGUGUAUAUCUCGGCAGCUCUGGUGGGGUCACCAAAUUCCUGCUUACUUUGUCACCUUUGAGAAUUCAUCUAUUCCUCAGCAAAAGAGUGAUGAAUACUGGGUGAGUGGAAGAACAGAAGAAGAAGCAAGACAGAAGGCAGCCUUGAAGUUUGGUGUUUCACCUGAUGAGAUAAAAUUGAAACAAGACCCAGAUGUUCUUGAUACGUGGUUCAGUUCAGGCCUCUUCCCAUUUUCAGUUUUGGGAUGGCCAAAGAAGACUCAGGACAUGGAACUUUUCUAUCCCAACACUCUUCUGGAAACCGGACAUGACAUCCUAUUCUUUUGGGUAGCUCGAAUGGUUUUCUUUGGUCAGCAUUUACUUGGAGAACUUCCAUUCAAGCAAGUGUACCUGCAUGCCAUGGUACGGGAUGCCCAUGGCCGCAAGAUGAGCAAAUCCUUAGGCAAUGUAAUUGAUCCCAUGGAUGUGAUUUAUGGAAUAAGUCUUAAGGACCUUCAUAAACAACUCGAGGAAAAUAGCAAUUUGGAUCCCCGUGAGAUUGCCAAAGCUAAGGAGGGUCAGAAACAAGAUUAUCCACAGGGUAUUCCUGAGUGUGGCACAGAUGCUCUUCGUUUUGCUCUCUGUGCUUAUACAUCCCAAGGAAGAGAUAUCAACCUGGAUGUUUUAAGAGUGAAUGGCUAUCGCAACUUCUGCAACAAACUAUGGAAUGCAACUAAAUUUGCCUUAAUGAAUCUGGGCAAAAACUUCAAGCCAUAUGACUCUCUCACAAAACUACAUGAAAAGGUGCAAGAAGCAAAGUCAGAAUAUGGUGAUGAGCAUGCCAACUCAUCUUACACAUCAAAACAAAGUUAUACUCUAGGGAAACUAUCAGAACUAAAUGAAGUUUUGAAAAAUUUCAGUUAUGUUGAAGGAUACACUCCAUCACAAGCUGAUCUUUCUGUCAUGAAUCACUUGGCAGAAACAGAUUUACCAUUCACAAAUUACCCACAUAUUUCACGCUGGUACUGUCAUAUCUCCAGCUUCUCAGAGGCUGAAAGAAGCACCCUUCGUGAAGCUAAAGACAGCUUAAUGUUUUCCACCAUAAAAUCCAGGAAGAGAACAGUCUUGAGCAUUGUGGACAGGUGGAUGCUUGGACAGCUAUUAUUUGCUGUACAAGAAUGUAAUGCUGCCUUUGAAGAAUUCAAUUUCCCAAGAGCAACUACAGCUCUAUAUAACCUGUGGUGGUACCAGAUUUGUGAUGUUUAUUUGGAGUGUUUGAAACCUCUGAUGUACUCCAAUGAUGAGGAAGCCAAGAACUUGAGCCGUAAUGUGCUCUACACAGCGCUGUAUGUUGGAUUAGCUCUUAUAUCUCCCUUCAUGCCUUUUCUUUCUGAGGAGUUGUUCCAGCGCCUACCACCUCGCACAUCUGGCCAACCCCCUUCUCUGUGUGUGACUCCUUAUCCAGAACCUCAGCACUUUGAUAUCUUUUAUGAUGAAGAAGUGGAAGACAAGUUCAAGUUUGGACAGAAGGUCAUUGGCGAGAUUCGCAGUGCCAAGGCAAAGUAUGACAUUCCCAACAAAACAAAGGUUGAAUUGGUCCUUCAAUCUGAGAGUGCAGACAACAGAGCUACCUUGGAGUUGCUGGUACAAGACAUUGCUACACUGACAGUUGCCUCUGAGGUUAAAGUGUCCCCCAACAAGCCCAAAGGAUCAGUGCCAACACCCAUUACUGCUGAUACAGUUGCCUGGAUGAAGCUACAGGGUCUGGUUAACAUCAGCAAUUGUCAAGAGAAAAUACAGCAGAAAAUAAAGAGUGCUGAGGAAAAGCUCAAAAUUCUCCAGACUGAAGUGGCCAAACCAAAUUAUGACAAGGUGCCUGAGGAUGUGCGCACGCGCAACAACCAAAAGAAGUUGGAACUUGAGGCAGAGCUGGAGCAAAAUCAUGACGCUCUCAUGAAGCUGGAGGCAAUGGAAACUGAUUAAAGGCAGUCCAUUAGUAGAGUGAUUGUAGGAUGGUUUUAAUCAUGAUGAGUCCUGAUCUAUAAGAUGAAGAUGCUCUAUUUAGGCAGUUGUUAACAAAGGAUAAGGCUGUGUAGUAACUUAAGGGGACUGUAGGGGGUCCAGAGGUUUGGUCCUAUGGCUAUGAUUUUCUUUCUGUAUGUAUUAAGGAUCAUAUCUAGGUUUAGUGAAAUUUAAUUAAUUACAUUUUGAUAUAAGAUUAAAAAAAAAUGAACUGGUUCAAAGCCUGUAAUUUGAGUCAAUUGAAUUGAAAUUAAUACCCUAGAAAGCUGUUUGAAAUCUCAGCAAAUAGUACCGAUGAAAAACUUGAGUACUGUUUCUGAUAAAAAUAAAAAAAAAUAAAAUCAUGUCAGAUUUCACCAUGUAAUAAUUUUUAAGUUUUCAAAUAUUUGAAAAUUUCCUCAUUGCAAAAAAUUGACCUUUUAUCAGUCUUUAAAAUGACACAUCACGGAAUGUAAUUGCGUUUAUGAUUUAGGAGGACUAGGAUUUGAAAGCAAAAAAUCAACUUUGAGAUGACAGCUGUCACUGUGUUGUGCCACAUGUAUCAUUUUGAUUGACAUGAAGCUUGCACAUGCAGUUGCCUGUGUCUUCUACUCACUAGAGAAUUGUGCGAGGCAUCUGAUCCCCUCUUCAAAAAGGUACUAUUUACAUGAGGGCAAGGGUACCAGGGGGCACCACCUCCCUCAUUGUUGCCACAUUUCAUGAUAGUCUUUCCAAACAAAAAAUGAGCUGCUAAAAUUCUCCAGCUUUGUUUUACUUAUCACAUAUCUCUGUUUUUUUCCUCUUGAUCCUCUUGGGGUAUGUAUGCCGACUUCUUUCAGCCAUCAGUAACAGAGUCAUAAAAGGUGGAGUCAUGAUCAAGGCUACACUGCACUGACUGAAUGAUGCCUAGUGUUAAAAUAUGAAACAAAGUAAUUUUUAUACUAAUUUUACAAAUAUACCAGAAUCCAUAGCAUACCACAUGAUCUACAGCAUGCACCAGGUGCGGACACAUUGUAGCAGGGGAUUUAAACUUUUCUAUAACUAUGCUAUUUUUUUAAUAUCACCUCAUUACAUGAAACUUUUAACACUUAACAAAAGUCUGUUUCAAAAGUAUUUGUAAAAAAUCACCCUCCUCUGCUCCUCUUAACUUGGCAUGAAUGCCACAAGAUACAUAACAUUACUGUGUGUGUGGUGGGGGGGUGGGGGUGUCUUUUUCAGGACUUAAGAACAUAUGCCUUUAAACAGUAUAAAGACUUUAUUAACAGGAAAAUGGUAAUGGAUGUUGGUUCCUAGUGAACUGAAUGAGUGUUUUUAUUCUAAAAAUAUGAUUUUACCUGUAAUUGACAUAAAAUAAAGUGUAAUUUGUAAACUAUGGGUAAUUUUAACAUUGUUUAUGAUGAAAUUGCAGCUAAUGAGGGGCUUUCAGAUUGUGGGACACUAAGCCUUUUUAUUCUUUGCCUGAAUUUAAUUGUGAGAAAGAGAGUUGAAUUGUUUGUUUUAUAUGAAAUCUUCAUUCAUAAAGUUAUAAGGAUAAUUUCAAUUAUAAUGAUAAUGUUCAUCAAAUUAUGAUAAUGUUAAUAAAUAAUAUGGUAGUUCUCAUCAUGUUACUCCAUUUUUGAGGGCCAAAUAGUCUUUGGCAAAAGCAAUUCAGAGAUAUUGUAAGAGAUGGAUUAGAAAACAUAUUAGUCUGAAAAGGACAACCUGUCCUGUGAAAUAGUCACCACUGCUCUUCAGACCCUAAUGGUAAUCAUGCUAAUAGUUAUGAUAAUAAAAAUACUUUACUCUUUCAUUCAUCACAGUGCUCCUUUUUCUGCAAAGACAGGUUAGGAAAUCCAAAAAAAGUCCUUGUGACCAUUUUGGAUUUUGCUCUGGGCAAUAAAACAUUUCGUACAUGA